GCCGACCACUUACCCCGCCGCUGAAAAAGUCAAUAAGGAAUGAUCUCAAAAACUUUGAGAACCUUCAGAAAUGUAAACCUCUGAAAUCGAUCGUCUUAUACGAACGAAAAGAAUACGAAUACCCUCCCUUCCAACAACACAGAGCAUUAAGAACUACGACGUACACGCGCCAUCACAGCGAUCUUCGAAAUGAAGCCCCUCCAUCUCCUUGUCACUAUCACCUCUUUUUCGACGACCGUCGUCGCAGGUCCGAUCGCGUAUGGCGUCUGUCAGGCGGGAUGCGCUUCUGUCGCGAUGGCUUGCUAUGCUGCUGGUGGCGCAACCUGGGGAGCUACCGCUGGAGCGACGGCUCCCGCUACGAUUGCAGCUUGUAACAGCGCAUUCGGAGUCUGUUCUGCUGCCUGUGCUCAGACAGCUCUGAUUGCUCCUACACCAUAAUCUUGAAGUCGGAGGAAGUCACUGGGAAGGGUAUUUGCUGUUGGGAGUUUGCGAAUCGACAACAUUGCUUUAUGUGCCUGAGGGGAUUUGUGCUACUCGAAGGGAUGGAAGGAGCAGGACGGGAAGGAAUGCCUAUAUUGGGAGAAACGUCUGGUUUACCGCGGGUUUGAAGUCGCUUCCAUCUCGAUGCGGGUUGAUCAACUCAUUACCGCUUAUGGCAGGUCAACAGACAGGCAGCAGCGUUACAAGAAUGUCACUCUAUAUUCUGAUUAUGAUGUCAUAUGAAUGGGAGAAUAUGCUUGAUUGAGGAAUACAAGCCAAGACAUUAGUGCUUACCAUGUAGUGAAGCUAGUGUGUAGAUUGGCCAGCUUUACCGGGACUGAAGCCCCAAACCGGCGGUUAAGCUCGGAUCCGCCCUGUUAUCCCCAGUUUAGACAAAUAUACGUGAGCUACAAUUCAAGAUCCCCGUCCGGUUUAGAAAACAUCAAAGACUAUAAAUGACAUACAGAAAAUCUCAUCUCCACAACAGACGGCCCCAAGUUCGACUCAUACCCUGACAACUCAUCGUCAACGCCAGUUGGGGCUAUCGUUGGUGUGUACUCGGCGGAGUUGCUGCUAUAGUGGCUAUUGUUGGCCUUUGGCUAUGGAUGCGCCGUCACAAGAGAAAAGCCAGCGAACAUCUUUCACAAAACAGCGUUGAGGGAGCCACGAAGCAAUGGGGCAAGGCUGAGCUUCCAGGCGACUGUUCAAAGCAGAACGGGUUGCAAGAGUUGGACAGCAGCCAAGCUACUGCUGAGUUACCGGCAGCUACUUCACCCUUCGAGGCGAAUGGGAAGACACAGCGACAUGAGCUGGAAGGUUGAAAGCCAAUUUAUCAUAACAAAGUAUGGGGAAACAGUUAAUUAACUGCUGAGUUUUGGAGAAUAGAAAUAAAACGAACAUUACAGCUCAUCAGGAACCGGCUUGAGAGAAUAAACCCUCAAGUCUUGACGAAGCUAUCAAAAUUAAC